GCGUGAGUUGACAGUGACAGCAGCACGCUUGCGCAGUAUGUCCACUGGCUCGGAGUCGGUGCUGAAGUUGGGCGGAUGGAAGAAAAACACCGCCGAUGGAGAUUAUAAGGCAGGAUGCAUCUUUACUGUGCGAUUUAACAAGCAUCAACAUAAAACACGUAUAAAUGAACCACUACAGAAUACUGACAACCAGAAUUAAAAGGAUGGUAUAUUUUUGCUCCCCUUGCACGCAACACUGCAAAUGGUCCACCCACUGAGUCCCUGAGCUCUGCUGAGACCCAGGGCGGAGACUGCUGUCCUCCUCAUCCCUCCUCACCACCUGGCCCUCCAUCAGUGAUGCCCCGAAGUUUAAGCGGAGUUGACAUGAGAAAACGGCAGCAGCCACACAUUGAAGGACGUCCCCAGGCGCCUGGCCACCCACGACCCAACAACUGCUGCAUGUGCUGGUGUGGUUGUUGUAAAUGCCUCUGGAAUGAGGACCUCAUGGAGGGUUCCGAACGGACAUGCACUAAAAUGGAUAGUAUUGAAGCCACGGAAGAGCAGCAACCCACUCUAGACGAGGUGGUGGCCUGGGCCCGUAGCUUCGAGCUGGUGAUGCGCUCCUCAGAAGGCAGGGAGAUUUUCCGAGAAUUUCUGCGCUCUGAGUACAGCGAAGAGAACCUGUUGUUCUGGCUGGCCUGUGAGGAGCUGAAGAAGGAGACGGACCCGACAGCGAUCGAUGAGAAAGCCAGGAUCAUCUAUGAGGACUACGUCUCCAUUCUAUCACCGAAAGAGGUGAGCCUAGAUUCACGGGUGAGGGAAGGCAUCAACCUGAGCCUGGCGGAGCCUAACAACGUGAUGUACGAGGAAGCCCAGCUGCAGAUCUACACCCUGAUGCACAGAGACUCCUACCCCCGUUUCCUCAACUCCUCUGUUUACAGAGACCUUCUGGACAGCAAGAGAAGCUCCUGCCUAGACACCUAAAGUAACCCAGCCCCCCAACAAACAAAACAGAAAGACAAUCAGGUGCCAGAACUGGGUUAGAUAUUUUCCUUUUUUUUGAAAACCAGAAAAUAAUGAAUAGUUUAAGCAAUUUCAAUUGUCUGCUCGCAGGUGGCCCUGAGGGUUAGUUCCUGGUUUAACUGCAGAUAAGAGCUCCUCAGGCUACUGUUACAAAGACAAACAAAAGGAAGGGUAGACCCAUUGUUCCUGUACUGUACUUUUGAGAGUUCUCCUUUUGCUCGGCCUCUUUCAUUCUCUCUCUUGGUCUCUCCUUUUCUCAAAUUCUGUCCCAUGCCUCAGACUUUUUACAGUACAAAAACAAUGCCCUUUUUAAGAUAGCUGUAGAGUUGACUGUGGUGAGCAGGAAAAUCACUGACUUUGCAUGUGACACGGUAAUGGAAUUAGCUCUACACUGGCUUGGUAUGUUAGCAGUGGACAGCAAAGGUUCUUGAAUAUGAGAUGUAUUUUCUUCUGUUCUAGGGAUUUCCCUGUCAAGCUCUUGAUGUUUUAUGUGAAGGGAAUAUCGAUAUUUGCCAAUUAGCUUGCAGUUGUUGAUUUUGAGAAGGUUGAAAGUUUUACAGCAGUGUUAAUAUCCAAGCACUUGCCUUCUUUACAACUCUAAAAGAGAAGGAGGCCUGGAAUUGUGGUCGGGCAGCUAAAUAUCUAAUGAACAUGACUUUCCACGGGAAAUCACAAUGCCUUGACGAGAAAAGGCGGCACAAGCGCUGCUUGUUAUGGUAACAACCACAGUUUAGUAAACACAGUACAGUUCUACCUGUCUUUCCCUCACCAUCUCAACCUAAGAGAAGCACAGGUUAUGUCAGAGGUUGGAAAAAACAAAUCAAACAUUCAAUUAGUUUCAGACAAUAAAUCAUGAAUACUUUCAAGCUCUCAAAUGAAAGAGAACUGUAAACUUUUUCAUUUUUCUACUGCAUAUAAUAUAAAUGGUAGUAAUCAAGCCUUGGUUUGGAAGGUCAAGUAUGAGAUGGUGGUAUGUCUGAUGCAUAGCCAUGAGGUCUAAGAGGGGUCUGCAUUGCAGAGACAUGGAAUUAUGAAGUAUGCCUAUGUGGCUUCUGGUUUUAAAGCUGUAGCUAGUUCUAGACUGAAGGGGGUCAGUGCCAGCUAAGGAACAGCCCAGCUGAGAGCAGAAGAGGCCUGGUGGAAUCGUGUUUUCUAUGGAGGUGGUUUGGAGGUUUACAGUCCUGUUCACCAGAUGUAUGUGUGUCUGUCUUUAAAGGGGCAAUCAGCAAUUGCUACAUUAAUUUUUGGACUUAUAAAUUAAUGAUCAUUGCUUCUUGAAGAAUAUAAUUUAUAAAUGCCUCAUGAGCUUAGUUCAACUGUUGUCCACCAUCAAUACCCAAAAUAGAAGCUUGUUUAACUCCAAUGUUUGUAAACAAUGUAAACAAACACUGUAUAGCCUCCAAACAUGGUUCAUACAGCCUCAAACAUGGUUCAAACUGUCAUGUUGGUAUCAUGCAUGGUCAGUCCUUGCAUCUAUUGCUCUUGUUUAUGAAUUUGAGUGGUUAAAUUUAUCCAGCCCAAUCCCUCAGCUUUUUACGAAACGGGUGAGGAGAACACUUUGCUAUUUUGUUUCUACUGCUGAUUGUCCAUUUCAGCCUGGCUAGCGAGGUGCCAGUAAGAUGCUUGGAACAUCACUGAGCCCCAUGCCUUUAACAGUCUCUCUGCUUCCCAGGGAUGGCCAAGGGAGGUGAAUAGAGACUUGAGACAAUUAGUUAUUUUUCCUAAAAUUGCCGGCAUGCAUUAAUGUGUGUAGCUGCCGUCCAGAUACACACGUAUCAAACAUUUUAAAUAUGGUAAAGGUAGACUCAGCGAAAUGACAUCGCCACCGUAGAUAUUGCAAUGAGCGAGAUGCAAGAUGUUCUCCUACACAGUCAUACACAGUAUCUGCGCAUGUGCAUGGGUUCAGUUCCCUCUCUUAUAGCCUGGUAGCCAGGGGACCAAAACAGUGGGGAAGUUGAGCCUCGCGCUUCAACGCUCUUAGUUGUUGUGGAAAUUAACCCACUAUGCUGUUUACUUUCUGUGUCGACAUCAUAUCGCUGAGUCUACCUUUUUAAUGUCCCAUGAGC